AUGGGCUCUGACAAGAUUGGAAACCUUCAUAGAGUUGGGAAAGAAAGGUUUGAGCUGGUUCUUGGGGGGCAGGACUUGGCUGGCAGAAAUGGGAAGAGGCAGCGCUGUCCACAAAGUAAACAAAACCGAAAACGUGAAGCCAUACAACAAGGUAAUAUUUUUGAGCUCUGGGAAUAUGUGAAGUAUAAAUAAGUACUGGAUGAAACUGAUAGAAAAGGCUGGCUCCCAUUACAUGAAGCUAUUGUUCAGCCUAUUCAACAAAUACUGGAAAUUGUUCUAGAUGCAUCCUAUCAGCCAUUCUGGGAAUUUAUCACUGAUGGAGAAACACCUUUGACUUUGGCGGUCAAAGCUGGUCUGGUGGAAAAUGUAAGAACUUUACUAGAAAAGGGAGUGCAACCAAACUCCAAAAAUGAUAUAGGAGCGACACCUCUUCUGAUUGCUAUAGAAAAGGGCUCCCACAACAUGGCAUCUGCACUCAGGAAACACGACACCAGACGCCAGCCCUGCCUCAAGCGACCGUCAGCAAUGCAUCACCAACAAGACCACAAAGGUAUCAGAGCUCUGCUACUAAGUCACGAACAUGCCGCAUGUAUCUUAUUACCAGGCAGUGAAGUAUCUGUUCUGGCAGAUGAUAGGUCAUCUCUAUUGUUUGAGGCAGCAAAGGGGGCAAUUCAAAGUAAUUUUGAUUGAAUUUCUUUCCUGCUGAAAUAUGAAGGAAGUGGAACUGUGCCUAAUACAGUUCAUCUUUUUAUUCACCGAGCGGCCUAUAAGGCACCUUACCUUGCACUGACCUAUCUUAUCCCAGUAACAUCUAAAAAUUCUAUCCAGGGAAGUGGACUAUUAUCAGUUCAUUCAGCAACAGGUAGACAACAUGUACAGUGCCUAUGACUGCUCAUUGAAAAUGAUUUUGAUAUCAGUUCCCUGCUUGCUGACCACAUUUCUAAGCUCUACGGUGACAAAAGGAAGACUGUCCUAUAUACUGCUAUUUCAAAUGAUAUCCAUUGCAUCCAAGCCCUGGAUGGUGCAGAACCUAACCUAGACCCCCUCAACUGUGUACUUGAGGCAGUAAAAGCCAACAAUCAUGAAAUUGUCUGACUGCUUCUCUCCCAUGGAGCUAAUAUCAGUGGCUAUUUUAUGCCCAUAAGUAACAUACAUUUCUGCAGUGCCAUCAUUAUGCCCUCAAUGAUGAGGCUGUUGCUGAGAAACGGUUAGCAAGUGGAGAUACGCUUUGACUGCAUGCAUGGAGACAUAUUUGGAAAUUUGUUUGUGUGGCCACAAGAAGAUAUUACCACAUGGACACCUUGUAUCAUAAAAGAUAACCCGUUCUGUGAGGCUAUUACAGUUCCUUGGAUAAAGCACAUUGUUGGCAGCUAGAAUAGAUCAUAUAGAAUAGACAUCCCUUUGUGUGAACUGAAAUCCAUACUAGAAGUCCAGAGAGAAUGGCCAGAAAUAUGUCAAAUACUAGAGAAACCUUGCUCAUUAAAGCAUUUGUUGGUGAAAAUUCCAAGACUCAUGGGACUCCAAUGACUCUUCCAGCCAGCCUCGAUAGAGAAGCUUCUACUACCACCAUCCAUUCAAAGAUACAUCUUAUCUAAAAAGUAUGAUCUCUAUGGACAAGAGCUAAAAUUUCCAUAA